AUGGGCCCCAGAAACAUCGACAGGCCUGGUCACAUCGCCCUCUCGCCGCCUCCUAUUGCCCUCUCGCCGCCUCCUAUCGCCCUCUCGCCGCCUCCGUCCCGACGUCGCCCUCGCUAUCUCCCAUCGCGGCCUUCCCCUCAAUGCGCUUCGCCUCGCUAUCUCUUCCCCCCCAUCCCGUCGCCUCGCUAUCUCUCCCCUCCCAUCCCGCACAUGUUUCUCUCCCGUCACCCGUCUUCUCUCCCGUCGCCCCUCCCCUCCCUUCACCUUUCCCUCCCGUCCCCUUUCCUCUCUCGUCGCAUUUCCUCUCCCGUCGCCUUUCCCUCCCGUCGCCUUUCCCUCCCGUCGCCUUUCCUCUCCCGUCGCCUUUCUCUCCCAUCGCCCUUCCUUCUCUCCCGUCACCUUUCUCUCCCGUCGCCCUUCUCUCCCGUCGCCCUUCUCUCCCGUCGCCUUUCUCUCCCGUCGCCUUUCUCUCCUGUCGCCCUUCUUCUCUUCCGUUGCUUUCCUCUCCCGUCGCCUUUCCUACUCUCCCGUCGCCCUUUUUCUCUCCCGUUGCUUUCCUCUCCCGUCGCCCUUCCUUCCUCCCAUCGCCUUUCCUCUCCCGUCGCCCUUUCUCUCUCCCGUCGCCCUUCCUUCCCUCCCGUCGCCUUUCUCUCUCCCGUCGCCCUUCAUCUCUCCCUUCGCUCUUCCUCUCUCUGUGAGAAUAACGAGGAAUGGGAUGACUAA